UCUGCAGAGAGUCUGACAGGAUCAACGCUAUUAUUGAUUAUUGAUUGACAGAGGAGCUACACUUCACAGACUGGAGAUUUAACUUAUACCCACUGGAACACUUUGGAUAUUUAUUUAUUUAUAUUCUACUAAUUUAUCAUCACAGUUUAUUCUGGGAGUCAUAACGACCGCCAUAAUGCCGCCGGUCUUAACCAUGAACUAUGAUUACGACUAUGACUUGGUCCAGCCCUGCUUCUACCUGGAGGAGGAGGACUUCUACCCUCCUCCACGAAGCCAGCUGCUGCCGGGCCCCAGCGACGACAUCUGGAAGAAGUUCGAGCUGCUGCCGACGCCUCCUCUGUCGCCGAGCCGCAGACCGUCUCUGUCCGACGUCCCGCUCACCGACCAUGAACACCUGGAGUUGGUUACCGACGCGCUGGACGAGGACUGCUACCCCAGCGCGGCCUUCCUGCAGUCCUUCAUCAUCCAGGACUGCAUGUGGAGCAGCAGCUUCGCUGCCUCCACUGAGCUGGAGAAGGUGGUGUCAGAGAGGCUGGCGUCACUGCGAGCACGACGCGACUCCAACAACAACAACAAAAGCAGCAGCAGCGUCUCAAGCAGAGCAGCCGAUCAGCAGGUUAGCACAGAGUACCUGCAGGACUUCCACACGGUGGCGACUGAUUGCAUCGACCCGUCCGUGGUGUUUCCGUACACGGCGCUGAGCGAGAAGAGCCGGGACGAAGCGGAGGCGGAGGUGGCGUCAGAAGUGGUUCUCGACUCACCGCCGAUCAGCAGCAGCAGCGACAGUGAAUCAGAAGAAGAAGAAGAUGAGGAGGAGGAGGAGGAGUGUGUGGAGGAGGAUGAGGAGAUCGACGUGGUGACGGUGGACAGGAGGAAGUCGUCCCGGCGGUGUGACGUCAGCAGCAGACCGGACGUUUCCCCGUUAGUCCUGAAGCGCUCUCACAUCAACAUCCACCAACACAACUACGCCGCCCCGCAGCCGUCAUCCAGCCACCAACAGCCUGCUGGGAAGAGGAUGAAGUCGGAGGGAACCAGCUCGGCGCCGAGGCAGAGCGGCGGCCGCAAGUGCUGGAGCCCGGCGUCCGACGGUGGUGACGACGGCGACAACGACAGACGCAGGACUCACAACGUGCUGGAGAGGCAGCGCAGGAACGAGCUGAGGAUGAGCUUCCUGUCACUGAGGGAUCAGGUGCCGGCUGUGGCCCACAACGAGAAGGCGGCCAAGGUGGCGAUCCUGAAAAAGGCCACCGAGUACAUCGUGGAGCUCGGAGAGGAUGAGAAGAGGCUGCGAGCGAUGAAGGACGAGCUGAGGAAGAGGAGCAGAGAGCUGAAACACAAACUGCAGCAGCUCAGGACUUCACAUUAAAAUCAUUUUCAUAUAUUUUUAGGUUUUUUAUAUUGACAAGUUUUCAUGUCAGAAACAAACUUUAGAGUAUCGAUGCUGCAACGAACAUCUUUUUAUUAACAAUUAUGAACUGCCAGUCAUAAUGAUUAAAAGGAAAGGACUUGAAUGCAGCACGGUCGGCUUGGAAACAGAGACUUAAAGAACUAUGAAGAUCAGACUUGUCUUCGGUGGAGACUGGACCGUAAUCAGUGAAAGUUUCUGUUUUGUAUUUAUUUUAUUUUUAUUGACAACUUCUUCACAUUUAUUGUAAUUUAAAAUAUUUUUUUAUUUGUUUUUUCGCCCGUUAGGAUAAAAUAUUUGUGUGCUGUGUCAAAAAUUUAACUGAUUAUUUAAUGUUGUUUUUUAACUUUUAUUUAAUCAGUCAUAACUUUUUCUAUUAUAAUUUUAUUUUAGGUUUUUUAUAUUUUUAUAUUUUCCUCAUGCACAGUCUUUUGAAUUAAA